AUGGUAGGACGAUUGAUAGAUGGGCCAGUCCACAUCGCGGUGUCUGUCUUGUCUUCAAGUGGAAAGAAGAGCAUCCGACGGACAUUGGAAAGAAGUGUCUGUCUUGUCAUCAUCUUCUACCUGGUUUUUGUCGACUACGUAUAUAUAGACACCAUGAUGGGGCGUCGUCUUCUCGUGAGCCUUCUACCACUACUCAUGGUGGUCAUGGUGACGGCGGCGGCGUUCGACAUCUCAAGAGCCCCGCCGGCGUUCGGGGUCCGAAGAGGGGCUCCGAAGGAGUACUUCGAGUGGCGCAGACCUUGGGGCACGGCGCCCUUCCUGCUGGGGUCAGCUGCGGCCAUCCACCUCGGCAACACCAGCUCGUGCAUCGCCGCCUACGACUUUGGCCCCGGGAGCCACGAGUACUACCAACUCUGCAUGCCCUCUUGGGUGGCCGUCACGGACAACGACAUGGUCCUCUCCGGCGAGGCUGCUAUGAACCACGCCACCGUCAGCCCCGGGACGGCCAUCUCGGGCUUCACGCGCCUCCUCGACCAAAGGCUCAAGGACGAUGUGGUGAAGAGCGAGAUGAAGCUUUCGCCGUUGUACAAGUUCUCCGAGAGGGAGGGACGGGUCGCCAUCCAAUUUAAUCAUCCAAGCCGGCGUGGCCAGGUCAUAGAGUUCUCGCCCCUAGAUCUCACCGUCGUCCUCGUCUCCGAGCUGAAGCACAUGGCGGAGGCUCACCUGGGCCGUGAGCUCUCGGCUGCUGUCAUCGCCGUGCCGCGUCACCUCAACUACAAUGGAAGGCAGGACGUCGUCAAUGUGGGACGGUAUGACGCUGGCUUCCGCCGGGCCGCCAAGGCCAUCGACCGGCAGAUCACGCUGUAUCACCACCACACGGAGCAGGGUGACGGCAAGGCUAUCCUUGUCUUGCGUGUUGGCGGCCGCACGUCCGACGCCACCAUCUUCAAGUUCAUCGAUGGCGAGGCUCGCUACGUCACGGCGCAGGAUGAUAUCUACUUGGGAGGUGACGACUUCACGACGCGGAUCGUCGACUACAUGGCAGAGCUCAUCAAGGAGAAGAACCAGUGGGACAUCAGGCAGGACGCGGAGGCGUUGCGCAGGCUAAGGGUGGCAUGCGAGCACGCCAAGAAGGCAUUGAGCGACCAGGAAGAGACGAUGGUGCAGAUACAUGUCGCCGACAUUGAGUCGUCGGCGCCCCUCACGCGGGCCAAGCUGGAGGAGCUCAACCAGGACCUGUUGGACAGGGUCAUGGGACUUGUGGACGGGGCGGUGAUGGGGACAGGGAGUGGGUGGUUGCCCCGGCCCCGCGACGAGAGCCGCACGGACAUGGUCGACGAGAUCGUCCUCGUCGGCGGCAGCGCGAGGAUGCCCAAGCUCCGUCAGCUCAUCGAGGACUACUUUCGUGGCAGGCGGCCAAACAGCCGCAAGGGAGUGGAACCAGAGGACGCCAUCGUCCAGGGCACCGCCAUUCUUUCCCGUCCUAAGGCGGCGCGCUACUUAGAGGAGUGCUUUGACUAUCUUUACGGCAAGGAUGGUAGGGGUCUUCCAAGUUUUGUAUUCAGAACGUCGAAUUAGUCCCAAAAAUAACCAGGUCGUAAUCUUGCAGUCUCAUUCCUUCUCUGUGAUCGACCCCUGGCCAAGGAGUCAUAUUGUUUGUUUUAACUGUUCUGUUAGGGAUUCUUUAGAUGGCAGGAUCGGUAAAAACAUAAGGAUAGGAAAAAUAUAGUAUUAGAGGUUCAAGACACU